ACUAAUUCAAUUGAUUGAAUGUUUUGUAGGAGAUUAAUAAAUGGCCGAGACCACUGAGAAACGGUUCAAUUGCAAGUACCCGGACUGCCUGUACAGCGAAGGUUCGCGAUCGUAUUUUCAGAAAUAUCGGUAUUUAAAACAGCAUUAUGAUAAAGUACAUAAUAAGAAAAUAUAUGAAUGCCAAAAAUGCUUCAAAAAAUUCAGCACAACCACUCUUCAGAAAAGCCAUAUGAGUUAUUGUGGCAGGGAAUUCAAAUGCUCUUGUGGUGUUGUGUACAAGAGUAAUGAAGCACUUUUGACUCAUGCAAAGAGGAAAAGUCAUCCCUUAGGUCCUACACCAAGAGCAAUAGGAACAAAUUCUACAAAUAAUGGAAAUCAGAUUCAGUCCCUCACCACUGCACCUUCAGUAUCAAUCAAUUUUUCUGCUGGGUCACAAGUGAUUAUUUUGCAUUCAAACAGCCAAAUUUCAAAGGAUUUCUUCAAAUCUCAAAGCUUGUCUGAAAAAGGAACACAGGCUUGUUCAAUGCAUUUAAUGGAUGCAGCUGUUUUCAGCAGGUUAUCAGCUGCUGUUGCUUUAAGUGAACUAGCUUUAACUGCUCCUGCAAGUCAACUGUUUGAAAAAAGGGAAGUUUCAACUCAAACAGACAACAACAUAUAUGAUGUGUGGUUGAAUUCAUCAGUUCAGGAGGAAACAAACAGUAUGGAAUCAAAGAUUCAAGACUUUGGUACGCAAACCGAGGAAGUUGAUUUUAACGUGGUCUUGAAUCCUGAAUCGCCACAGAACCCUUGCAGCCCAUGGUUAGGUCUUAUAGGUGCCGAAACUCAAACAGUUGAUGAAGACGCAGUUUUGCGACCUUUCAAUCUAUGCAAUAUACAAACCCAAACCCCGUGGAAUGAAAUGAGUGACGAUGACACAACUGAGUUGGCACAUACGGAAACGCAAACUCUCUUGUCCUCAUUUUUCAUCGACGAUAGUAACGUUCCUGAAUGCCACGGUGAGCGAAGAAUAGGCUCGUUCUUCGUGAAACAAAACUCUGAAGAUGCCGGAACCGACCCAAUGGAAAUCUUUGAUUGAAAAAUGAAUCAAAACUUAUGAUAUGUAAAUACCUAAUCAAGUUUCUGUCUCGAAUAAAGUGGAAUGGAAGAUA